UAAGAAUUCUAAAAAACGUUUCGAGAAACGGUAGCCAUUCUUCUACUCUGUAGUUUUAGUUGUGUGUGAUCGUUAUUGUUACAGGUCGUUUACUGAUGAUGGUGGCUUUUUAUUGCUUGUCUACGAAAACGAUAUCAGCAUCAAGGGAAAAAAAAAAAAUUAAAUAGUUAUUGCCUAUAUGUUUUGCACACAUUUGCACAAUAGCAUUAGUCCCAUAAUCUAUAAGAUUCUCAUAAAUUUUUUACACACAGUAAAGAGUUCUUGUGGUUUUUGUUUACACAUAUUACAUGAAUAAACAGAUGUAGGCAAUAAAUGUCCCGAUUUCAGAGACGUACUCACCCGUUUGUUCGCAACCUUGAUUACCACAAAACGAAACACAAUCCUAUUGUGUGAAGCAUUUGUGGAGCAAGUACACGGUCCGACAUUCCAUGUGCAAAGUCUUUUCAGUACUAAUUAGUUGGAUUAAAAAACAGAGUCCAUAUUCAUCCGCUCACAGAAACACCAUUUGCACUCAAACCGGAUACUUCUUAGCAAAAAGAAACACUCGCAAGAUCACAGAACAGCUAUGCUCACGACUGCUUUCAAAACCUUCCUUAUGUCAGGCGUCAGCAUAUUUUGGCUGCUGUCGGAAAGCCGAGUUUUCUCGCUCCACGGAGUCCGCAGAAUCCUUCGUGAAGUACAGUUCUUGGCAGAAAUGGCCUCAGAAAAAGCGCCCAAACCAACUUUUACCAUCCUUUGAAGAUUGCUUUUCGAAUGAUUCUCUUGAACAACAUCUACGUGAAAUAUUGAAUCAUACCAGUGUCUCGGUUAUUCGUGUCACUCAACCCCCAGUAGCUUUGGAUAGAGUCGUUAUUAUCAGCGUUGAUGGGUUCUCGCCCAUCAACAAGCUAGGGGAUCGAUGCCACGAAGAAGCCGAUUGCACAGACGAACCUGUCGACAUGGGCGAGAGAGCUGUCCGGAGGUGGUUGUUUGAUCAUCAAAAAAAGGCCGAAGUCACCAAGAUUGUACUUUACGGCACAGACACAAUUGCCCACCAGCAACGCAAGCUAUGGAAAAUCUUAAGGCAAUACUAUGAGCACAUCUCAAAAGCAGACUUUAUCUUUUUUAUCGUGCAUGGCCAGAGCUUCGCAAUUGCGGUCCAUCUUUUAGCAAACAUUACUGAAGAGUCUUGGCUUAAACCAGAUACUCGAGUUAGCGUGUGCUCCAUGGCUGCCAUAUCCACUGGCCUUAUUCCAAACUUUGUAAUGAAAUAUCCCAGAAGGGAAACGACAACGCGGCAGGAAAGAACCAUGCUAAGGGAAAUCCAGGAUUUGUGUGAUGCGAGCAGUUAUGCUUCGCAGGUACUCAGGAGAAAUGUCGAAAAGUGUCUUACUCAUCCGCACACAAAGUUCACGCUCUGUGGUUCGUUGGAUGACCAGUUGGUAACGAUGAAUUCAGCAACAUUUUCUCUUAUCACACACCCGGCCAUCUGUCGGCUCGAAUUUGUGAACGGCGAGACUCAAACCAACGACUUUGUAUCACAUCUGAUGUCAACUGCACUACUAAUGAGAAAUGUAGGUUUGAGUGACCAUGGAAUUAUACAGGAAAUAAGCCUGUUUUUGGCGGGAAACAUGUACAUCGGCGACGGUCACACAUACCUUUGCAAAGAACCGGCAAUCUAUGAUUUUGCCAUUAGACAUGCCCUGGAAACUACCAAGUCACCGAGAAGAAAAGUUACCAUUGAACACUCGGACAUCUCCAGAUCCAUCAAUCCGUUUCACCUUCCUUGGAAGAUGAGAGGAUUUUUAGAGGAAACGCAACGGACGAAAAAAUUAAAAGCACAUGCGCUCUGUUUAUUGGAUGAGUUUAGGAACUGGAGACCCAUUACAAACAUCUUCAAAGAGUUGAAAUAUCGACUAGAAGUUAUCGUCAUGUGAGCGUUGAAUCGCUUUGAAGUUAAUCAUGCAUCUAUAAUAAAGUAAAAAACAAAAAAAAAGAAUAACAGGUUAUCCAUGCACAUAAAUUGUAGUAGAAUGCCAAGCCUAUUGAGCCGUACAUUCAGGCACACUCUGAGAAUUUCCCGAAUAGUAUUCCUCUUCCUCAGUAUGUGAAGCAAAACGGGCUUCACCACCGAAUUGCGUUUUAUCUCCAAUUCGACCCUCGACAUCGUCAAUUAGAGUAUUUGCACUGACAGAAACAUGCGGUGCGCGUGGAAGAAGUUGUGCAAGUUUCCUUGCAACGUCUGGUUGCUGGUAAAAAUAAUCAGGCGGAAACAGAAUAUCAACCUUGAGAUACAGGUCACCGCGAACAUCAAUAUACCGGCCUUUCGGCAUACCCUCAUUGGACACAACUAUGCAAUCUCCAGGGCGAAGUAUCUUUCCAGCUGGCUGAGUAUAUCUCAAAGCUCGUCCAUCCAAUGUGGUAAUUAAAACACGAGAGAAACCACAAAGUGCUUCGGCCAAAGAAAUUUCAACGGUAGCCAUCAAAUCAUCUCCUAAACGCUCAAACACAUUGUGGUCUUUUUCGCGCAAAACAAGGAUCACAUCACCAGGAACCAUACCCAAGGCCUCAUCAGCCAUACCAGGUUGGACAAUUUUGUCUCCAUCAUGCGAUCCAGGGGGGACGUUAAAAACAAGGAUCCUUCGUUGGUCAGUGACUCCUUUACCUUUGCACCGUUUACACCUGUCCUUCUCUCUGAAUGCAACACCUUUUCCAGAACAUUUGGGACAGAUAACUUGUUGAUUCGUCAAGUAGUGACCCUGCACCUGGCGAAUGUGAUGCUGAUAACCCCGGCCCUGACAAGCAACGCAUGUGCGUUCUUUGGCAAAUCGUUUUCCACCGGUGCCUUGACAACCUGAACAAGUAACAUCACGCGUGGCAGCCAGUUUAAUUUCCCUACCGGUGUACAUGUCUUCCAAAGAAAUAGGAUAUUCGUGUAUCACAUCCGAACCUCGUCUUUUGCGUUCACGAGCAGCAAACUUUCCAGGGCCACCACCCAUUGGCAUGCCAAACAUCUGUGAGAGCAAGUCAUCCAUUUCCAUAAACCCAGCCUCUUCCAUUGCAGGCUGUCCUUUUUCAUCGAGACCAUAUUGGUCAUAUUGACUCCGUGACUGAGGGUCACGAAGAAUAUCGUAGGCUUGUUGGAUUUUUUGAAAGCGAACAGAAGCUGUCGCACGUUCCGUCUCUGGUACCUUAUCAGGAUGAUUUGCUAAAGCAUGCCGCUUGUACGCCUUACGUAUGUCAUCAGAAGAAGCAUUCACUUCGACUUCAAGCAAUUCAUACAGAGUCGUAUCAACAGCCAUGGAGAAAGAAUCAACACCGAUUCAAAUUCAAGUGAUGAUAUGUCUCAACUCUUUAAUUAAUAUUGCGUAAUUUUUUUUUCCCUUUUUUCUCAAAUUAGCAAAGAAGGUGGUGUCGACAAGAAAAAAACGAGGAAAUAGAGAUGAGUGCUUAAGUGGUCGAAAAAAUCAACUGUUGUUUGUUGAAUUAUGCAGAAAGGUUACGUGGACAAUUGGAACCGUCAAAUUUUUAACCUUUUAACUUAAAGGUCGGCGAAGGAUCAAGUCGAAGGAUAAUCGUUAUCAUAUAGGGCUAGCAAUAAGAUGCCAAAGAGAAAAGGAACGUCAAAAGAAAAAAAAAAAUGAAAGUUGUAGUUGUAACAUGCUUUUACCUGUCACCGCUUGUAACCUUCCAGUUGUCGAUCCAAGCUUGAGACUUCCAAUUGAAGAGCAAGCAAUUCAUCUUGCAAAAACUGAAUUCGUUUGUUUUUUUCCUCAUUCAAUUCCUCCUGCACACCCAAUUGCGACUUGAGCACUGUGAUCUGUUUCGUUGCCAAGUUUUGUUGGCGCUUCUGGGUCUCUUGGACUUCUUUGAGUUGGUGAACAGCCAUAUCAAAGUCUCGUUGCAACUUUUCGAGCCUCUUUGCGUCUGUACUGACUGAAGAAUUGCCGACUUGGUCAGUUUGGCUAGAUGAGACGCCAGACGAUGUGAUUAUAUUCGGGUCUUCUUUCAUUUUCGCCGUCUCAAUUCCAGAUGUAUUUGUCGUCUCGUGAAACACAUAGUAAAGAAGAGCGUGGUACUGUUCUACAAUUUCGUAGUACGACUUUUCGACGAUGUCGCGAGAACGAAGCUUCUUUUCCAACUCCAUCAAGACAGAAUGUCCCAACAAUUACAAUUACAAAAACAAAAGCAAAAACAACACAAACAAAUGAUCUGUAAGCGUCUAAAACCUCAAGUUACAAUGAAAGAACACAGUCAGUGUGUUCAUGAGAGUUUGGGAGUUGGUAAGGGCGCGUAGUCGCGUCGCGUGUUAUAACCUUAAUUACCGCGGGUCAUCUUGAUGUCACUUGUCACCUUAGUGGGUAACGAGCGUGGGUGGUCUACCCUGGCCUUACAAACGAACAACGUUCCUCUAACA